AUGCCAGACGAGACGCAAGUGGAAGAGGAUAAGGAUGAUGGUUCAUCUAGUAAAGCAACUGAGGGAGUAAAUAUAAAUGCCACGGCAAAUGAUGUUCCCACCCCUUUAUUAAAGGAAGUCAGACUCUUACCUUCUUUCCUACAAAGACUAAAGAAGUAUAAUGUUGACAUUCAAUUCAAGAAGUUUGUCGACAUUCUGGACCAACUCCACAUCAAUGUUCCUUUUCUUGAAGCUAUAGAACAAAUGCCAACAUAUGUUAAAUUUCUCAAGGAGAUUGUUACCAAGAAAAGAAAAGUUGAGAAGUACGAAACAGUUGCCACGACAAAAGCAUGUUGCUCUGUCUUAAGCAAGCUUCCACCAAAGCGACAAGAUCCAGCCGAUGGCUUCCAUGUUCGUACUGAGGGGCGAUUCGAGGAUGUCAUUGUAAAGGUGGACAAAUUUGUGUUACCAGUAGACUUUCAUAUACUGGAUUACGAGAUUGAUGCCACGACACCCAUAAUUUUGGGCAGACCCUUCCUAGCUAUCGGACGUAUUCUUAUCGAUUGUGAGAAGUGUGAGAUUACCAUGAGAGUGUCCGACCAAUGUGUCACUGUUAAUGUUUUCUGUACUCUCAAGUACAUGGAUGAGUUUGAAGAAUGCAGAGCAUUUUCGAAGCAGAUUCAUUGA